CUACAUUUCCGCCCGGGAAAAUUAUCAUCGCUUGUAGUGUCAAUUAUUUUGCUUGGGAUAAUGUCCGUGCCAUUUCGGUCUUUGCUGUUUCUGCGAACAAACCAGCUGGUCUAGGUGAGCGGUCGUUUCAGUGGAUUGACAGUACGCUAUUAUCGGACAUCACCGCGCCCGCUGCAGUAGUGGCUGCACCCAUCAGAUACAGAAGUAGAAUCGCAGAAAUAAAAAUUGUGUGCAGCCACAAGUCCAGUGGUGUAGCUUGUCUGGGACAAUUUCAACACUGACAGCGCAGGAGUGGUAGAACUUGAACUUAGUUGAAGUGAGAGCUUGUUGCAGCUAUUAUUUUCUAGUGAUGCUUUUCGCGUCCAAGCGCACCCUCUCGCCUGUAGUCGGCUGAGAAGUGAGAGGUGCCCUCUCUGCUAGGCUCCAGUCGGAGGCUUGCAUAGCGCAAGUGCAUUUUCAUAAGCAGCAGCAGCAGCAGAUCACCGUCACGCUACAGCAGCAGGCCGAUAUUCACUGUGUUGACGAUGCUGAUCAAGGAAUACCGCAUACCCAUGCCGCUGUCGGUGGACGAGUACAGGAUAGCUCAGCUUUACAUGAUACAGAAGAAGAGCCGCGACGAAAGUAACGGAACAGAUAGCCGCGUGGAGAUCCUGGUCAACGAGCCCUACAAGGAUGGUCCCGGUGGGUCUGGUCAGUACACGCACAAGAUCUAUCAUGUUGGUAGUCACCUUCCAUCAUGGUUGCGUGGAAUUCUGCCCAAGACGGCAUUGCAAGUGCAAGAAGAGGCAUGGAACGCCUAUCCGUACUGCCGUACCAAGUUCACGUGCCCUUUCAUGGAGAAGUUCUCGGUGGAUAUCGAGACCAUCUACGCUCCGGAUGCAGGAAGACAGACUAACAUCUUCAAAUUGCAAGGAUCAGAGGCAAGGAGAGAUAUCGAUUUCAUGGACAUCGUGAGGGACGAUGUGACAGACUAUUUUGAGGCGGAGGACCCAAAGCUGUUCCGGUCAGCGGAGACAGGCCGUGGACCAUUGGACAACUCCUGGCUGGAGAAUGUGGACCCGUCGUCAAUUAUGUGUGCUUACAAGGUGUGUCGAGUAGAGUUUCGCUACUGGGGCAUGCAGACGCGCGUGGAGCGCUUCAUCCACGAGACAGCUCUGCGCAAGACCAUGCUACGUGCGCAUCGUCAGGCCUGGGCGUGGCAAGACGAAUGGUGUCAUCUGAACAUUGAUGAUAUACGCCGAUUGGAAAAGGAAACGGAAAUAGCGCUGAGGAGAGUCGGAGCUAGCGAUGAAUCUGACAUGGAGGGUGCAGCAACGACGGAGCAACAGCAGCAGCAGCAGGAGGAGGAUGAGUUGGAAGUUGCAACCCUCGCGGCAACGUCUGAUGAAGCGAUUGCAGACACCAAGAGCAUGCUGGAAAUGAAGCUGGAGCAAGCCCGCAUAGCUAGUGUGUUGGGUGCACACUCUCCCACAUCCUCACCAGUCAUCAAUCGCAGACUGUCAUCGUUCUCCGGGUCUGUAUCUUCUUCAGUGGGUCGUGGCAGCUUGGAUAUCCCUUGUCGAAACUUGAAUUCACUGACUGGAAGUGCACAUUCGCUGACGAAGGGCACACCGACUGGCAAGCUGUCACCAUCCCACUCCAUGCAUUCUAAAGCUAGUGCAAGGGACAGAUUCAGAAGCUCUCUCAAGAGAAACAGAAACAGCAAGGUAAGAUGGAGUGCACGAUGGCAAGAAUGCAGCUGUGAGAUCGAGGCAGAGCUCAUCGUUGGUAAUGCAUUCUCUGCUCUUGCAGCAUCUGAUACUGACUCAGACGAGGAGUUCUAUGAUGCAAAGGAGAAUGUGUCUGACGAAGAGGCAGCCACGUUUGUUGUUGCCGACUCUGCCAUGUACUCGGCAACUACGUCGUCAGGGAGACGCAAGUUCUACGCGCGGAGACGAGGAGAUGUGGAUGCCGACGGUCAUCAAACACCCAGCGAUCUCUUUGAUAGUGAUGAGCUACUCAAUACCAGCAGUGACGAGGACGAUGACGAGGAUGAUCGCUCUUCCCUUUCAUCGAGACGAAGACGUGCGGGAAUUGCUCAUGCCAUUGCAGACGCAACGCACGGUCGUGGCAGUGGUGGUAACAGGGGACUGGCCAGGAGCAGUGCUGCUGCUGCUGCUGAAUCCCAAACUGUAGGAGGAAAGGGGCUGCUUGCAGCUAGUGUGCCUGUCAUUGUGGAACACUUGGCACAGUCUCCUUCCGAGAGACGUAACACAGGUCUGGAGUAUUCCCAUCAGCCGCACAUUGCCGAGAGUGUCAGUCCAGCGUCAUCGCAUGACAGUGGAGACAGCGGCGGUUCGUCCAAACUGGCAACACUGAUACUGGUGUUUCACGGCGGACAACCGCUCGACACGGACCAUGACUACGCGACUCAGCAGUUCAACGUCAAUCUAUUCCAGUCCAAACUCGAGUCUGUCUCGGAGGCACACUAUGGCGGGGUGACGGGUCAUUUUGCCGUACGCCAUGUGUCGUGUCCACAGUUCUGUUCGCGAGCCCUACACACCCUGGACUUAGUGGACGCUAGCUCACAGCAGAGACUAGCACCACAGACUAGUGGUGCUGCUGGUGCUGCUGGCGGCGGAUUAUCGGCACCCAGCAAUAACACGGGUGUGUUUGGUACCGGCUUUCUCAACAUGAUACCGUUGAUGGCUGCAUCGCAGUUUGGCUACCGCGAGCACGUCCAGGCCACCGUGAUCGCAGCCAAUAACGCUUACAUGGAGUUUGUCCAGUCUGAAGAAGGAAAGAACUUUGCGGGAGAUGUGUGCAUCGUUGGAGAUUGCAUGGGCGCCAUCCUGGCCUAUGACGCUCUGCAGUGGACGUCAACGAUGAGCCGCGAUCCCUGUGAUAGCCUCUCCCUGCACAGUCUGUCCGCUGGUGGCUCUCCCACCCUGGGGACUCCCAAGUCCUCGCGAUCACGCCGAGAGUCCUGCGACAUAGGAGCGAUGAUGGGCUGCGAUAACGGUCUGGUUUUUCAGACUAGUCACUUCUUUGCUCUGGGUUCACCACUUGGCCUCAUACUGGCUCACCGGCAACUUCAAAUGCCAGGUCCUGCUGCAAUUGGUGGUCAAGUCAUUCCCGACUAUCAUGGUGUGGGCAACUUCUACAAUAUCUUCUACGAAACCUCGCCGUUCUCAUCCCGUAUUGAACCGCUGCUGUACGCCGACCUGUGCCGAGUACCCCUGCAUUCAAUCUCGCAGUACCGGUAUUUCCCGUACGGCGAUGGAGCGGACACUUCCAUUGCGGCAUGUUUGAAGAAGUACCCUGGUCUUCUGCCGGCGGAUACCAGCGGCAGCCAUGACCUGGCCAUGGCGUUGGGAUCACAUCAACUGCGGUUGGUACGUGCUUCUAGAGGUGGAAGUGGACAUAGCCGUACUAGCCAAGAUUCAAUGACGGACAAAGCCAUGGUUCCACCUAACUGGUGGGGAGAUCGUCGCAUUGACUAUAAGCUGUACGCACCAGAUGCCGUGGACAUGCUUCCAGACUCUGCUAUAUCACCCAUUCUGCACAGCAGCUUCUGGGAGAGUCUCGACCUAGCUGCUUUCGUCAUCAGGCAGUUGAUGCCAGGCACACAUAGUGACAUGACCGUUGUUGGACGUGGCUCAACCCUCUUUGUGCCGGACCAGCCCAGGGAGAAGUGGCUGUCGAAAGCCACCUCUUUGAAGCUGAAGAGUGUAUCGGCUAACCACCGUGCUACUGAUUGCGCCAUCAGUCUCAAUAGCACAGCCACCGUCACUGGCAAGUUUAUGUACGGAGCUCUGGAUAUUGCUACGCUUGCACAGGAGAAGGUUGACCUGUACAUGCAGCAUGAUCCACCGCGUGGCAAGUGGGUCCUACUGCACACAGAGCUCACGGACAAGAGCGGAAAGGUAACAUUCAACCUGCCCUCUGACCCAGACCUGGGGCCGGACAUCUAUCCACUGAGGAUGGUGGUGCGAGGAGAUCACACCCAGGCCGAGUGUCAUCUUGCCGUUCUGCCACCGUCCACGGAGGCUGUUGUGUUCUCUGUGGAUGGCUCAUUUGCAGCUAGCCUCUCCAUUAUGGGCACAGAUCCGCGGGUGCAUGCUAGUUCGGUGGAUGUGGUUCGUUUCUGGCAAGAGCUGAACUAUCUGAUAGUCUACGUGACUGCUAGACCGUCCAUGCAGAAGAAACGUGUUGUAUCUUGGUUAGCCCAGCACAACUUUCCGCAUGGUCUCAUCUUCUUCAGUGAGGGUCUCACUACAGAUCCGCAAGGGAAGAAAGCAGCAUUCCUGCACCGCUUGGUGAACGAGAUGGAUGUGAAAAUACAUCGUGCGUACGGUUCCAGCAAGGACAAGCAUCUCUACAAGUCACUGGGAUUGCACCCAAAUGAGAUCUAUGUUGUCGGAAAGCCAACACCGUUGAAGCUUCGCUCCUCCAGGAAGAGAAUUGCUGAGUACAUAACGGAGGGCUAUGCUGUUCAUCUGGAGGAACUAUCCCGGCAAACAGCACAGCGUCAGGUGAAUGCCAUGAUGCCAGUUCGCCGCCAGUUGUUCGGUCUUCCGUUCUCACAGAAGCGGCGGAAAGCCACGGCUACCUCGUCAGAUACUGCCUCCGCAGGCGCUAGCUCAAAGCUUCAACAGCAGUACGAGAACGCUCAGAGAAGCCCCAGCAAGCGCAGGUCAUUCUUCCGGGCAGCCUUAUCACGCCGACCAUCAGCCAAAGCCAGUGAGUCUGACCUGCACCCCCAGCAGCGUAGCAACAACUCGUUUCAAGAACCACGCGACCGCUCCAACAGCGACCCAUCUUCACUAGCCGCUAUCAGAGCCGCAGCGGUGGCAACAGCUCGGCAGCGACGGCUGACACCGCCAUCCAAGGAGAUGCCACUGUCAGCCGCGCCACCGAUCACACAUCUCCUGCUGCCGUCUCCGGGCACCAAGCGUUGUCAUUCUGUACCGGAGGGUGUCAACGUCAACUCCGAGGAUCUGGGAGCCAGUCAAGAGACACUGACCUUCAGUCAAUCACUGACGGGCGGUGUGGCGGAGCGACAGCAUGUUCGUGCUGCUCGCUCUCCUAGUACCGGUAGUAACCGGCGGAGUCAUGUGCCCCGAGUUACUGACUUGUAGGUACUACAGCUGGAGACAACGCCACCGCGCACACUGCUGGCGGCGCUGCACGUUUUGUAGUAGCUGGGGAUAGUCCUGCUGCAUCGGCUAUUUAGCUGCUGUGGAUAUUCCUGCUGCAUCGGCUGUUUAGCUGCUGUGGGUGGUAACAAAACACUUUGUGGGUUCAUGCACAAUCAUGCUUGCAACAACGAAGCCAGCAUCCGUAGACACAGCAUGCAGAAUUACCAUACCAGUAUGCUGCUGAAGACCAGCUUGAACACACUCUGGUUUGGUGAUUCUUGCAGUAGAGUAUAAUCGUGGUUAACACCAGUUCCGUAUCAGCAUGGUGAGAAAAUCCACCUCGUUUGGCUGCCUAUUUAUAUUUCCGGGUAUUGCUCCCUCUUCGUAACUAUGAUGGCUUGUUUUCACAGUCAUCCUGGAGCCCUGACACAUCAUGAUGUCAUCACCAGUAUCUAUUACAUCGUGCUUGCUCUCUGUGAUGAUGUCGUCCGCAGCAAUUUGGCAUGCUUCACCUCGUGUAAUAGUAUACACUGCACGGGUGUGUACUGGUGUGUACUGGUGCGUACUGGUGCGUACUGGUGCGUACUGGUGUGCACUGGUGUGUACUGGUGUGUACUGGUGUGUACUGGUGUGUACUGGUGUGUACUGGUGUGUACUGGUGUGUAAUGGUGUGUACUGGUAUGUACUGGUGUGUAAUGGUGUGUAAUGGUGUGUACUGGUGUGUACUGGUGUGUACUGGUGUGUACUGGUGUGUACUGGUGUGUACCGGUGUGUACUGGUGUGUACUGGUGCACUAUAGCCUUCAGCCGUGUUUGUAGUUGCAACACACUGAUUGAAGUUAGCGAAGACCCACUAAUCCAAGUCCUCAUCAGACGCAGAAUGUCAUGUUCCCUACGUAGCAGUCUGUACUGUCUGGUUACUGCGUUACUGUAUGGUUACUGCGUUACUGUAUGACGGCAGAAGAAUCAUGCGAGCUUCACACUAUGUGUUUGAAGAGUAUGGGCCCUGUUUCUUAUUCUACUUGAUUUUUACAACAGUGUUCUAUUUUCAGUAUAAUCAAUCACAAUAAUAAUAUGAUACGAUCAUUCGAUUUUUGAGCGGAACUUGAAACACUUCAAUAGAUAAACCUAUCUUAUUCUAUGGCUUGGAUAUUGGAGAAAGUCAUUAAUUUGUGAAGCUUGUUAUCCACCUAUGUUACCGGAGAUGCGUGAAACAUUGACAAUCGACGUACUUGUACAUGAUUUCCCUUUCAUGACUCCGGUGAAGUGCUGCGUA